AUGUUGAAACCAAUUUUGGCUCUGCUUCUAGGCACUUCUCACAUUGCACAGGCGACUGAGUCGCAAGUGGCCCUGGCCCCACAUGGCGGACAAUACGAGCAAGGCCAGCACAAUGUUGACAAGGCUAUUCUUGACGCGAUAGAAGCUUUCUCCGACCCAGUCGCAGCGAUGAUCCACUUGCGUCCGGAUCAUCGGUCUAUUCUCUCCGAACCACGUCUUUUGCGCGUAGGGGGUGAAGCAGAGGCAGAAUGGAUGACUGAAGGAGACAAGCUGCGGCUUCGUAAACAGGGCAAGAAAUUCGUAGAUAUUACAGAGCAUGCCGAUUUCUAUGCUGAUCAGGUCCACGAUAUGGCGGCUGGAAAGCCUCAUCUUCCUGCUUUGGUCCAUGAGAGCCUUGUUCGGCCGCUUUUCCCCAAAGUUGACCAGGAGCGAAUGAAAGGUGUGCUCCACCAUAUGACAAGCUAUUACAAUCGAUACUUUGGAGAUAUUCAUGGCGAAUUGAGCUCUGUGUGGCUACAUAACCAUAUUGCGCAGAUAAUCGCCGACUCUCCAUUUCGCACUCACAUUUCGCUUGAAUACUUUACCCAUCCUUUCCUUCAGUCAUCUAUCAUUGCUCGUUUUGAGCCCAAGGUCCGCAAUGCUUCGGCCCCACUGACGAUUCUCGGAGCGCAUCAAGACUCCGCCAACUAUCUCUUCCCUCUGCUGCCGGCUCCCGGUGCGGAUGAUGAUUGCUCCGGUACAGUGAGUAUUCUGGAAGCUUUCCGCAUUCUGGCCGAGAGCGGAUACACCCCCUUGAAUGGCCCAGUUGAGUUCCACUGGUAUGCCGCGGAAGAAGGCGGCUUGCUCGGCAGCCAGCCGAUUGCUCGUUACAAGAAAGAGCAGGGGGCUCGAAUUGGAGCUAUGAUGGAGUUUGAUAUGACUGCCUACAUUAGCCGCAACGCAACCGAGACUAUCGGCUUCAUCUCCACUCAAGCUGAUGAGGCCCUCACGAAUUGGACGGUGAAUCUGAGUGAAAAAUACAUCUCGAUUCCCGCUAAAGUCUAUGACCUUGGACCAUCCGCUGGCUCUGAUUACAUGUCGUACACGCAGCUAAACUACCCGGCUGCGUUUGCGUCGGAGGGAAACCCCCUAGCUGGAGGCAACUUCCCAGGUGAGUAUGAUCCGUAUGUCCAUGGGUCCCACGACACCAUGUGGGUUGAUGAUGAAACAGGCUAUUUCUCUGUGGAUCACAUGGCACGGUUCACCGAGCUGGCCCUCGCCUUUGUUGUUGAACAGGCAGGCUGGAAUAAUGCCUGGCGCUAA